ACUAAGACGAAAAGAUACCGUACUACGUACGGUACCGUACCAGAAUGACGACAUACUCGGGUCUCUCGCAGAAAACGGAUGAAGCAGCAUUUCAUGACGAAAGAAAGCGUCCGUGUUUGAGUUAGUGGAGAUCAUACAUGCUCCUGUCGUAAAGCGAGGGUCGAAGGGCUGCAGUGUUUCGAAUUCAUGAUGGCGAGCGACGCUCAUUGGAGAUGGGGGCGACAGCUUGCCAGGAUCAUGAUUAUAUCCUUGCACGUGCUUCUGGGACAAGUGCGGCUGAGUUCGUGCUUCUGCUUCGAUGCCAACAGAUGCUCGCGACGCCAAAAGUUUGAUUCUGUCCAAGGAAGUUUGCUCCACCGUCGUCCUCGACAUAUCGGCCAUGUGCAACUAAAUCUUGGCCAGGUUCUUCCUGAUGACAACGGCGAUACAGAAGAGACACAACAAGGACCACUUGAUGGCCUGUCAGCGGCAGCAACGCUGGUUCCGCUGGUGAUAACCUCCCUGUUUUUCUUCCUCCCUCACUCAGCUUUUGCGAUAGAUAAUCUGCUCGGCGAUUCUCAAAUCAUUGCCGUAAAUCCCAUGAAUGGCCCAGAUCCUCGGUAUUUUCUUGCGGGCGGUUUGUGUGCAUCCAUUUCCCACGGAAUCACAACGCCUAUCGAUGUGGUCAAAACUCGGAUUCAGUCGGAUCCAAAGAAAUACGAAGGCCUGGGCGUUGUAGAAGCAUCAAAAGUUAUCCUGCAAGAAGAUGGUUCUGGGGCACUGCUAAAGGGAUUAGCACCUACCGUGGUUGGUUAUGGCUUGGAGGGCGCUGCAAAAUUUGGUCUUUACGAAAGCCUGAAACCCAUCAUCGUCGGUUUGCUGGAUCUUGAAAGUCCCAGCAUUGCAUACGUCGUUGCGAGCGUCGUUGCGGGUGGGGUUGCGUCCGUGAUACUCUGUCCGAUGGAGCGAACACGGAUACGAUUGGUGACGGACCGUAGUUUUUCGAAGUACAAUCUUUUGACGGGGAUUCCUCGCCUCGUAGAAGAGUCGGGUCUUGCCAGCCUGUUCUAUGGGCUUCCCGCCAUGCUGUCGAAACAGUGCCCCUACACUCUCAGGAAACAAGUGACAUACGAUGCAAUUUGUACGGCACUAUAUUUGAUUGUUACUACGGUGAGCGACGCGUCGACGAAAAUCGAGGUCUCGUUAGUGGCAGCGAGUUGCGCUUCUGUUGUCGCGUGUGUUCUUUCCCAACCGGGAGAUGUUAUACUGACAGAAACCUACAAGGAAAAGAGCGGCCCAUCUGCCUCUCGUAGUUUUCCACAAGUUGUAAGCAAAAUCUAUAACGAACGCAACGGAGUGAACGGCUUUUACUCGGGCAUUAUUGCUCGACUGAUCCAAGUGGGAGGAAUCAUCACUUCACAGCUAUUACUUUACGACUUCAUAAAGCAGAGUCUCGGGCUUCCCGCAACUGGUUCUUCCUAAACCGAAUUGCAUGCUUGUCUAGUGAACAAUGGUUGGGCAGAGAGCAUAGAAGGUAUGUUGGUUCGAAAUCCGGCUGGCAUUUCUCUAGUAUUACAUGUGGUACAUUUUGUCGCAUUCGCUGUGUUUGUUUCCUCUGGUCGUCAAAAAAUGGAUUUGUUUCAAAAUGUUUUGUUUCCUUCAGGGAUCAAAUUGCGUAGACAUAUUCGAUUCCCUACAUUACUUUACACCCACAAAGAUCCAAUCCUCCUAUAUAGAUGUGACAUAAGCGAGGUGCUUCAUUUAUCCUUCAUGCUCUUUUCCACUUCGAUUUGAAAUGCUCGCUCUUCCAAUGUGCCAAUUCUCAUCCCAUUGCUGUCGUUGAUCAGAGCAUACCCAAAUAAGUUUAGCCCAAAGCAAAAUAUGAGAAAAGCAUAGGCUCCAUAGGUAACAGUUUGGCCGAUCGAUGACAUUAUCAUUCGAGGAAGCAUCAGACGCCUCGUCGUUCUCUGUGAUGCUUCUUCCAUGGCAAGAAACACUUCCACCGGGUCUUCGUCAUCUUUUGCGUUUUCUUCAUCGGUUCCUUCUUUGAUUUUUUCUUCGGUGUCCCGUUCCGCACCAACAGAACUAUCAAUAGUUGUGCGCUGACACUUGGGAUAAAUUGUGCACGCUGAUCUUCCUACCACAAAAGACUGAGCGGGCAAGAUGAAUUCUGAGCACCAAAGAACAAUGAGGCACAAUGCCAAGCUCUUUCUGAACGCCGUCGUCGAUAAAAUCUUCGGCAUCUC